AUGAUGGGUAUUGUUGCAUGCUUGCUAAUGAUAACAACCAUGUUCUCAAGCUCUGGCUAUGCAGCUAUAACCACAUCAAGUCCUUUAUCGAUCGGGCAAACUCUGAGCUCUCCUGGUGGAUCUUAUGAGGUAGGCUUCUUCAGUGCUAACAACUCCGGGAAUCAGUAUGUUGGAAUCUGGUUCCAGAAAGUCACUCCUCGGGUUGUUGUUUGGGUGGCUAACAGAGAACAACCAGUCUCAAGCCCCACGGCGAAUCUCACAAUCAGCGGCAAUGGUAGUCUUAUCUUGCUUGAUGGCAAGCAAGAUCCUGUGUGGACAUCUGGAGGUGGAAAUCUCACGUCUAACAAGUGUCGUGCUGAGCUUUUAGACACGGGAAAUCUUGUCCUCGUAGAUAAUGUUACUGGAAAUUAUUUGUGGCAAAGUUUUGAGCAUCUUGGUGAUACUAUGCUACCACUCACAUCUCUGAUGUAUGAUACUCCUAACAACAAGAAACGUGUGCUGACUUCCUGGAAAAGUGAGACUGAUCCAUCACCGGGGGAGUUUGUAGCUGAGAUCACACCACAAGUGCCCUCGCAGGGUCUUGUAUGGAAAGGAUCGUCGCCCUAUUGGAGAAGCGGACCAUGGGCGGGAACAAGGUUCACUGGGAUACCAGAAAUGGAUGAAUCAUAUGUGAAUCCAUUGGGAAUGGUUCAAGAUGUAGUCAACGGCACAGGAGUUUUCGCUUUUUGUGUACUGAGAAAUUUCAAUUUGUCAUACAUCAAGCUAACAUCAGAGGGAUCGUUGAGGAUUCAACGGAAUAAUGGAACCGACUGGAUCAAACACUUUGAGGGUCCGGUAAGCUCAUGUGAUCUGUAUGGUACAUGUGGACCUUUUGGUUUGUGUGUGAGAUCCGGUACUCCAAUGUGCCAAUGCUUGAAAGGGUUCGAACCAAAGUCAGAUGAGGAGUGGAGAAAUGGAAAUUGGAGCCGUGGGUGUGUGAGACGCACAGACUUAUCUUGUCAAGGAAACUCUUAUGCAGAAACGCAGGGCAAAGACAGAGAUGUCUUCUAUCGCGUUGCCAACAUAAAGCCUCCAGAUUCUUACGAAUUAGCAAGCUUUAGCAAUGAAGAACAAUGCCACCAAGGCUGUCUCAACAACUGUUCUUGCACAGCCUUUUCCUAUAUCAGUGGAAUAGGAUGUUUGGUGUGGAACCGGGAGCUAUUGGACACGGUGAAAUUUACUACAGGAGGAGAGUCUCUUUCCCUUCGUCUUGCACGUUCUGAAUUGCCUGGAAGCAAGCGAAUCAAGACGAUUACUAUUAGCACUCUCAGCGUCUCGGUUUUCAUAAUCUUGGUCUUUGCUGCAUAUGGGUGUUGGAGAUACAGAGUGAAAAAAAAUGGUUCAAGUCUUGUAUCCAAAGACAAUGUAGAAGGUGCUUGGAAGAGUGAUUUGCAAUCGCAAGAUGUCUCAGGUUUAAAUUUCUUUGAGAUUCAUACACUACAAACCGCCACAAAUAGUUUCAGCAUGUUAAAUAAACUCGGUCAGGGUGGGUUCGGUACGGUUUAUAAGGGGAAGCUUCACGAUGGGAAGGAAAUAGCUGUAAAACGUCUCUCUAGCAGCUCUGUACAGGCCACACAGGAGUUCAUGAACGAGAUAAAACUCAUCUCGAAACUACAACACCGAAACUUGGUUCGGCUUUUGGGAUGUUGCAUUGAUGGAGAACAGAAGCUAUUAGUCUAUGAAUAUAUGGUGAAUAACAGUCUUGAUACGUUUCUCUUUGAUUUGAAGAAAAAGCUCGAGAUAGAUUGGGCUAAGAGAUUCAAUAUCAUUCAAGGAAUUGCUCGUGGACUUCUCUAUCUUCAUCGCGAUUCUUUCCUCAAAGUUGUACACCGCGACCUGAAGGUGAGCAACAUUCUUUUGGACGAGAAAAUGAACCCAAAGAUAUCGGAUUUUGGAUUGGCUCGGAUGUUUCAAAAAAGUCAAUAUCAAGACAACACUGGCAGUGUCGUAGGAACUCUAGGAUACAUGUCUCCCGAGUAUGCUUGGACAGGAACGUUCUCUGAGAAAUCCGACAUUUACAGCUUCGGAGUUCUAAUGCUAGAAAUCAUCACCGGCAAGGAGAUUUCAAGCUUCACCUAUGGCAAAGAUAGCAAAAACCUUCUUUCAUACGCAUGGGAAUCGUGGAGCGAAACCGGGGGAGUGAAACUACUGGACCAAGAUCUUGCUGAUUCUGAUUCAGUUAAUUCAGUUGAAGCCGGAAGAUGUGUACAGAUUGGUCUGCUCUGUGUUCAACAUCAAGCUACUGAUAGACCAAACAUCAAACAAGUUGUGUCAAUGCUUACUUCAACAACAGAUCUUCCUAAGCCAACACAACCAAUGUUUGUAUCGGACACAAGCGAUGAAGAUUCUUCUCUGUCUCAACACUCCAAUGAUCACUCCUCAGUUGACGAAAACAAAUCUUCCAAGGAGCUAAAUGUUUCCUCAUGA